UCACACCAGGAAGUUUAUAUCAAUCGACAUUAUGGCUAGUUACAUACUUGCGUAUAUUUCCCUAGAGACCUUUGAUAAUCUUGUCAGUAUAUGGAUGCCCAGUCGGUUUGGCAGUCUUGAAUUUGGAAUAGCCUACUUUUUCUGAAACACACGAAUGGAUUAUAAAGACGGUGACGCUCAUGCCGCUGCUAUCCAGGGCAACCUCGUCCAAGUUAAGAAACUGGAUGAAUCCGGUUAUCUAUGGGACAAACAGGAUAAAUUUGGUGAUACACCUCUAAUGGAGAGCAUUAUGUAUGGUCAUCGAAAUGUGGCUGGAUUUCUCAUAGACAAGGUAUCACCAGCUACUAUGGAGAUGAAAGAUAGAAAUAACUGGAACGCUCUUCAUCUCAUGGCAAAAUAUGGACGUCCUUGGCGAGGUAUUUGGAACAGGAUUGUAGAGAAUGCUCCACAGUGUUUAGUUCAGAAGGACACGGAAGGUCGAACCCCGAUAGAAUUACUUCAGCUGUUAUCUUCGAAGAGCGAAGGCCAUGCAUUACUUAAAACAGUACUGGAAGAAGAUGCUGCUCAUGCUGCUGCUGUCCAGGGCAACCUCAUUCAAGUUAAGAAACUGGAGGAAUCUGGCUAUCCGUUGGACAAACAGGAUAAAUUUGGAGAAACACCUCUAAUGGAGAGCAUUAUGUAUGGUCAUCGAAAUGUGGCCGGAUUUCUCAUAGACAAGGUAUCACCAGCUUCUACAGAGAUACAAAACACAAGAAAUAAUUGGAACGCUCUUCAUCUCAUGGCAAAAUAUGGACGUCCUUGGCGAGGUAUUUGGAACAGGAUUGUAGAGAAUGCUCCACAGUGUUUAGUUCAAAAAGACACGGAAGGUCGAACCCCGACAGACUUACUUCAGCUGUUGUCUUCGAAGAGCGAAGGUCAUGCUUCACUUAAAUCAAUACUGGACGAAGAUUAUAUAACCAGCCGUGCCAAAGAUUUGGUGAUAAAUGGGGACUUAGAAGAGGUUAAACAGCUUUACAGUGAUGGAUAUCCGCUAAAGACGCAAAACCUUGUAGGGCAGACUUCUCUCAUGCUUGCAAUAAAGCACAGAAGGGAAGAUAUUGCUAAAUUCUUGGCAAAAAUCAUUCCUGAAAGUGAUGUCAGCAUCGAAGACAAUAGAAGUAGAAAUGCUCUUCAUUACCUGGCGAUGUUGGAGCGUCCUUGGAAGGAGGUCUGGCAGAUACUUUCACAGAAAUGUCCUCAACUUCUGUAUAAAAAUGAUGAAGCUAAGAUGAGCCCGAUGGAAUUGGUGAUUAUGAUGCAGCACAAAAGCAGUGAACACAAAAGCUUGUACGAAUACGUCAUGAAGAAUGACCUCCCACGCUUUGUCAGAGAAUUAGACGAAGAGGCCAUAAGAAGUUAUCUAGGUGGAUUGGAGGAACAUGCAGAAGAAACCAGAAACAUCAAAAUGAUGUUCAUUGGCCAUGCAAUGGUGGGGAAAACUUGUCUAGUGAAACAGCUUUUCGGGGAACAUAUUGAUCUCCAGAGUCACCACUCAACCAAUGUUGCGGAACUUCAUCUCCGAAGACUUUUACUGGAUAUGCUCACACUGGAGAGAAUAACAGGCACUUCAGCGAAAGACAUUGUACUUGAACGACUUCGCAUGGUUAGCAGUAAAAUCAAAGAAGAUAACCGAAGGAUUGAACCAGUAUCAGGACUGAUAAAAGAAUGUAAGAACGGUUACAUAUUGUAA